AUGGCCCAACACAUUGGAAGACGUUUGAUCGGACUGGCAGUGAUUCUGUUAGUAGCACGAGAGAGUUACUGUAUAAGACACGUGAGCUAUAAUCAACAAUCCCACAUUCUACAACAAACGAGCACAGUGGGAAACAGCGGGACAACGUAUGCACUGAACAGCACAGAGCUGUUUGGAAUGCACCUUAACGGGAGGUUCACUAUCUCGGAUGGCAUUAGAAACGAGGUCUUAAAACGUUUCAAAAAUGCGUACAGUGACAGUAAAUGUGACCUAGCGACGGAUAGUGGACACUGCAACAGCCCCUCUCGACAAGUAGUGGAACUGAGGAAGGGACUUUAUAACUAUGGAGCCGAGAGACAGAAGAGACAAGAGACAUCUUUAUCCAGUAUAACUGGAUCCGGCUGUGGCCACAAGUUUGACUGCUACAUUAGCGCAGAUGCAAAGCGUAAGAUCGUGCAGAAGUGCUGGCUAUAUGAUCUAUACGCAGACAUUCAUGAUGACCAAAGCUCCUCAAGCAGCCCUCAGGGUCAAACCACUGGCCCCAUAUCACUCCACAAGAUAUCAGUGGCUGGAGCUGCACUGAGGUGGGCUGACAUCAGUGACUACAUGAGUAAGGUUGGGGAUAAAUUGGUCCCAACGAAGCCGGGUUCCAGUCAGAAUUUUGACUAUUCCACCAUCUACAGUGAGAUUGAAUGUGAAAUGAAAGCGAUAAAUAUUGACACAAGAAGUAAUGCACCAAACCAGAUAUUCGAUCAACACGCAGACCUGAUCCAGAAGCUGCACAAUCAUUUCUACCAGUUGAAAAACGCUGUAAAGAAGAAGGAUGGAAAGAAUUACGACUGCUACAGCGAGCUACUACAGCUGAUGAAGCAUCUCACAGACCUUGUAGAAAAAGAUGAACAAAACUGGGAAGACAUAAUGAAGGUAGAAGUGUUUAAAAAAAUGGUGAUAAAACUUGAUGACACAGCUAACGCCGUACAUAAAUACUACACCAACGACACCCCAGAAAAAAAAGGGAUAUAUUUCUGUCAUCAUCAGAUAUUAGUCGAAUACACUAGCUUUGUUAACGAGAGAAAAGUGGCUAUAGAUAAGCUUAAAGUUGAUUUCGGUGUCACGUCGAACAAAGGAGUCCUUAACAACAUGACGAGUACGACGAUGAUAUUCAAAUCGCUGACCAAGUUGCUGUUUAAGACCCUGCUGAUGUCCACAAAGGAUCGCUAUGCUGACAUAAACAAGGAAAUCGAGAAGGUCAGUGUGACUCUUAAGUUGCUGCAUAAUAAGUGA